AAAAAUGUAUAAAAAUUAAAAUGUAAAGGUGCUUUGGGAUUCUAAUUCCAUGAAGGGCUCCGCCCUUUCCUCCUAACUUCCACUGUGAAGACAUUCCUACUACUCUCGAAAUCACCGGAACUCUCUGGAAUUCCAACUACACUACCGUGGUAUUCCAAUCUUAACCCUUUCCCCUUUCAACCUUUGGUCUCCUAUUGCUGCAUCCUUAGGGACUAAGUUAAGGUUAUGCCACGUAAUUUCAGCGUCUUAUACCAACUAUUCUUGACGGACUUUCCUUUUCCGUAUAAAUAACGUCAAAUUUGGUCUCUUCAAUGCUCAAAUAUUUCAUAGAUUCACAGUGUUUUCUCUGAGUUUGGAUACAAUGGAGAGAGGGAGUAGUGGCGGCUAUGGCAGAGGGAGGGGAGGAAGAGGAGGAGGAUAUGCCGGAGGCGGAACCGGCGGCAAUGGCCGAGGUGGUGGUAGAGGAAGGGGUUUCGGUCGUCAGCAGCAUCAGCAGCAACGUCGUGAGCACAGCCAGCAACCGAGUGGUACUUGGGGUCAGCAUCAUGCUCCUGGUGCCAGUUCUGGUGCUGGCGCUGUUUAUCAGCCGCGUCGUGAGCACCACCAUGACAACCAGCAAUUGAUCGCUACUAGCGGCGGUGUUCAUCAACAUUACCAGCAUAAUCAGCGUCGCGAGCAGCAGAAUCAGCAACGGAGCGGCUCUUGGAGGCAAAGCGGAGGUCGGACUCAGGUAGAUGUGGAUCGCGUCCAGCUAGAGACUGUGCCCUCUCCAAUCGGUUCCGGUGAAGGAUCGAGCUCGGGUGGUGGCCAUGGUGGAGGUGGUGAAGGUUCAAGCUCGGGUGGUGGCCAUGGUGGAGGUGGUGAAGGAUCAAGCUCAGGUGGUGGCCAUGGUGGAGGUGGUGGAGCAUGGAAGUUUCCCCGUAAAGAAUGGAUACCUGCUACCCCUGCUCCGAUUCAGCACCAAGCAACUUCCUCUGGAAAAUUUCACAAAGCUAUUCCAGUAAAACAGCCUGAUUCGGACAAAAUUCUACCAGUGAAACGCCCUGAUAAGGGUGGCACAAAUGCCAUCCGAACUGCAAGGCUUCUUGUUAAUCAUUUUCCUGUUAAUUAUAAUCCUCAGAGUAUUAUAAUGCACUAUGAUGUUGAUGUCAAACCAGAGAUUCCUCCUAAGAAUGGCCGGCCUGUGAAAAUGUCUAAGGUUGAUCUUUCUAUUAUCAGGAACCAAUUAUUCUCUGACAGUUCUUCAGAGUUUCCCUUGUCAAUGACUGCUUAUGAUGGUGAGAAGAAUAUAUUCAGUGCAGUGGCAUUGCCCACUGGAUCAUUUAAGGUGGAGGUUUCUAAGGGUGAAGAUACCAAGGUACAGUCUUACAUAAUUUCUUUGAAGCUUGUAAAUGAGCUCCGGCUGUGCAGGUUGUCAGAAUACUUAAAAGGAUGCAUCCCGUCGAUUCCUCGUGACAUAUUACAAGGGAUGGAUUUGGUAAUGAAGGAGAAUCCAACCAGGAAUAUGAUUUCAGUUGGGAGGAAUUUUUAUCCCACUGAACAUAAUCUGCAAGAUGACCUUGGAGGUGGAAUUGCUGCAUUUCGGGGGUUUCAGCAUAGCCUUAAGCCCACCUGCCAAGGUUUGGCCAUGUGUCUGGACUACUCAGUUCUGGCAUUUCGUAAGCGUAUGCCAGUUAUAGAUUUCCUUAAUGAGCAUAUAUAUGGUUUUAAUAUAAAUAAUUUUAGGAGGUUUAGGAGUGAGGUUGAAAAUGUUUUAAGGGGACUGAAAGUUUAUGUGACUCAUCGGAGAACCAAACAAAAGUAUACCAUAAUGGGUUUAACCAAGGAAAUGACGAGAGAUUGUAAGUUUGAUGUUGUAGACCCAGAUGGUCGGAAUCCACCCAAGAGAAUUCGACUUGUUAAUUAUUUCAGGGACAAAUAUGACAAGGAUAUUACAUACAAGGACAUUCCCUGCUUGGAUGUAGGAAAAAAUGGUAAAAAGAAUGAUGUACCAAUGGAGUUGUGUGUUCUUGCCGAGGGUCAAAGGUAUCAAAAGGAGCAUUUGGAUAAAGAUGCAGCCCUAAUGUUGAAAAACAUUUCAUUGGCUCCACCAAAGCUUAGAGAAAACAUGAUUUGUAACAUGGUGAAGUCAGAAAAUGGACCUUGCGGUGGAGGUAUCACUCGAAAUUUUGGUUUUGAAGUCAACCUGGAUAUGACAAUGGUUACUGGGCGCAUAAUUGGGCCGCCUGAAUUGAAGCUGGGUACUCCUAAUGGCAGGAUGACUAAGAUAACAGUUGACAAGGAGAAAUGUCAAUGGAACCUUCUCGGAAAGUCAGUAGUGGAAGGAAAAACAAUUCAGAGGUGGGCUGUACUAGACUUUAGUCAUUAUGAUCGAUUCAAACUAUAUCCUGCUCAAUUUAUUCCAAAAUUUAUCAACCGGUGCAAAAAUUUGGGUAUCAAAAUGGAGGAGCCUCUCUUGUAUGAAACCACUUCAAUGAAUAAAUUCUCCAGUGCCAAUGUUCUUCGUGAACUACUUGAAAGCAUCAAUGAACGGGCUUGUAAGGUUGGCAAAGGUCAUCUACAAGUUCUUCUUUGUGUAAUGUCUAGAAAAGAUCCCGGUUACAAGUAUCUCAAGUGGAUCUCCGAAACUCAAAUUGGUAUUGUGACACAGUGUUGUUUGUCCAGUCAUGCAAACAAGGCAAAUGACCAGUAUCUUGCCAAUCUUGGUCUCAAGAUCAACGCCAAACUUGGAGGUAGCAAUGUCGAGUUAAUUGAGAGACUUCCCCUGCUUGAGGGUGCUGGCCAUACCAUGUUUCUGGGGGCUGAUGUCAAUCAUCCUGGUUCUUGGACCACAACUAGCCCAUCAAUAGCGGCUGUUGUUGGCUCUAUGAAUUGGCCUGCUGCAAAUCGCUAUGCUGCAAGAGUUAGACCUCAAGACCGUCGAAGUGAGAAGAUUCUGCGUUUUGGGGAUAUGUGUUUGGAGCUUGUUGAAACUUAUGUUCGACUAAAUAAAGUUAUGCCAGAAAAGAUUAUUGUCUUUCGAGAUGGAGUUAGUGAGGGCCAAUUUGAUAUGGUUCUGAAUGAGGAAUUUCUGGACCUGAAGAGGGUAUUUCAAACUAGAAACUACUCUCCUAGCAUAACACUUAUUGUUGCCCAGAAGCGACACCAAACUCGAUUGUUUCCCGAAAAUAGACAGGAUGGAGGUCCCACUGGCAAUGUGUUCCCAGGCACAGUUGUGGACACAAAAAUCGUACACCCAUUUGAGUAUGACUUCUAUCUUUGCAGUCACUAUGGAAGCCUUGGGACUAGCAAGCCAACUCACUACCAUGUACUGUGGGAUGAUCACAAGUUUACUUCUGACCAACUGCAGAAACUGAUAUAUGAUAUGUGCUUCACUAUGGCUCGUUGCACCAAACCCGUGUCAUUGGUUCCACCAGUAUACUAUGCUGAUCUUGCUGCUUAUAGAGGGCGACUCUAUCAUGAGGCGGUGGAGGGACAGUCUCCAGCAUCAGCUGUAUCCUCAUCUUCAUCGUCAGUGGCAUCAUCAUCUCUGUCGACAGCAGCUUCAAUGGAUGAGAGGUUCUUCAAAUUGCAUGCUGACCUGGAGAAUGAUAUGUUUUUUGUUUGACAGGCCAUAGCAUGGCACCGUCAUCUUCUUCAUCUUUGUGCGAAGGUGAAGAAGAUUGUUACUUUCUGUCAAAAACGCUUGGAUGCAGAUCCAAUCUCCUUUUCUACAGUCUGCCUAGUAAAGGAGUUUGUGCGUGAAUCUAAUGGGUUUUUGUGUCCACAAGUAAUGUUUGUAGUUUCAUAAGCAGACAGAUUUACCUAGGAAAGGUUUGUCGAGUUGCAUGCUAACCUGGAGAAUGAUAUAUCUUUUCAUUUGGAAGGCCUUAGCUUAGCAUCGUUGUCAACUACUUCGUCUUUGUGUGAAAACGAGGAAGAGCUUUUCUGCAGUCUAGUAAAUUAGUUUGUGAGUUAUUCAGUCUUUAAUUGGGUUUUGUGUAAACAUUUUAUGUCAUGUUAGUUAAUUUGGUAAGCUUAUUCAGGCCAUGCGAGUUGGAACCAAGUUUGUUAAUUUGGUAGCCAUGCCAGUUGGAAGCAAGUUGUGCUUCAGUGGGAUGUGUGUUUGAAGGUUUUUGUUUGUUGGACGUUGUGUUUUAUGAUCUAUUUUCUGAAAUGGAUUGAUUGUACUUUGUUAUUUGAAA